CCCCUGCCCCGCUCCUGUCUACCACCGGUUUCAGAAGCGGGCCAGAGGCUUGCUCCCGAGGAUGGUCAGCCCGACUCAAGACCCAACUAUGGCUCCAUUGACAAACCUCGAGUGCAGUGCCUGGCGUGACGCCCCUCAAAGCCAGGACAUGGAUCACAGACGACAGCAGUCAUACACCAUCAGCAAAGCAGCACGCAGUCAAGCUGAGGAGCCUACUUUCCCCUUGGCAAAGGACGGCGAUGCUCAGCAGCAGCAGCAGCACCUAGUCACCAACCACUUCAGCAACCUGCACCUGUCGCCAGACAUCCCCAAUAGGACUACAGUCACCUCAAGCUGGACAGCUUACGACUCAGCAGCUUCUCGCGAUCAAGCCUCGUCGUCUUGUUCUCUUCCCCCACCUCCAGCCGCCCGCCCUCACUUCGCCGACCUAUGCGUCGCGCACGUCGGCAGGCUGCACCGCGCCAUGGCCGAGAUUCGCGGCAAGAUGGACGUCCUUCGAGACUCAGACGGGCAGAAGAAGGAGAAGCUCCAGAAGCAGUACGGCGCGCUUGAGAAGGAGCUGGCUUGGUAUGAGGAGCAGCAGACGUGGGCGACGUCUUCGAGCGAGCCUCGCAAGCGUCGACGCGAGUCCAUCGAUGACGCGUAAGCGGGCCAGAGAGAGGGCAAUCAGGGGUCCUGACGUCCUCGUGUGCCAGACUUAGUAUGCCAGAGUUAGGG